CUCUUUCCCGGGCUCAGCCACGCCCCUCCCGCCUUUUCAGUUCUGCUUGUCCUCCCUCGGGGAAGCAGUCUCCACUCUCUCUCCCGCCUCUCCAGCACCCGGUGGGGGCGGGGGGCUGCCCCAGUCCGGUACCCCAGCCUCCUCUUAGCCCGCCGCACCUGCCCCGCCUUCCAGCCCCAGGCCGGCUGGCGCGGCGCAGGCGCACCAGGCGUGGACCGGAGGCCGAGGGCUACCACAGCAGCUUCGGCCUCCACCUCCUCCUGCCGCAUCCGCGCGGGGCUGGUCGGCAGCCACCGGGGCCGCGCUGGGCAGGGGCUCCGCGGGCCGCGUGUUGUCAUGGGCGCGGGCUGGAGCACCGAGGAGGAGCGGCAGCCACUGCUAGGGCCCGGACUCGGGCCUGCGCCGGGGACUGUCUGGAGAAGCCGGGAGGCGGCGGCGGCGUCCGGGGUACCCGCGGCGGUCCCGGGUCCCGGACGGGUCUACGGGCGCCGCUGGCUGGUGCUGCUGCUCUUCUCGCUGCUGGGGUUCGCGCAGGGCCUGGUCUGGAACACCUGGGGCCCCAUCCAGAACUCGGCGCGCCAGGCCUACGGCUUCUCCAGCUGGGACAUCGCGCUGCUCGUGCUGUGGGGGCCCAUUGGCUUCCUGCCCUGCUUCGCGUUCAUGUGGCUCCUGGACAAGAGAGGUCUUCGGGUAACUGUGCUUCUGACAUCCUUCCUUAUGGUUUUGGGAACUGGUCUAAGAUGCAUACCUGUAUCAGACUUAAUGCUUAAAAGAAGAUUAAUCCAUGGAGGACAGUUGUUAAAUGGAUUGGCAGGUCCAACGGUAAUGAAUGCAGCUCCAUUUCUCUCUACGACGUGGUUUUCUGCAGAUGAACGGGCCACUGCCACAGCCAUUGCAUCAAUGCUCAGUUAUCUUGGUGGAGCAUGUGCAUUUUUAGUUGGGCCACUUGUUGUUCCAGCCCCCAAUGGAACAUCACCUCUUCUUGCUUCAGAGACUAGCAGGACCCACAUUAAAGAUCUCAUAGAGACUGUAUUAUAUGCAGAAUUUGGAGUUGUCUGCUUACUAUUUUCUGCAACACUAGCUUAUUUCCCACCCCGGCCUCCACUUCCUCCCAGUGUUGCUGCAGCUAGCCAGCGACUGAGUUAUCGGCGGAGCUUUUGUAGAUUAUUAAGCAAUAUGAGAUUUUUGAUGAUUGCUUUAGCAUAUGCCAUACCACUUGGUGUAUUUGCUGGCUGGUCUGGAGUUCUGGACUUAAUUUUAACACCAGUGCAUGUCAGUCAAGUAGAUGCUGGCUGGAUUGGAUUUUGGUCCAUAGUUGGAGGCUGUGUUGUUGGAAUAGCUAUGGCAAGGUUUGCAGAUUUUAUCAGGGGUAUGCUGAAACUAAUUCUUCUCCUCCUGUUUUCUGGGGCUACACUGUCAUCCACGUGGUUCACCCUGACCUGUUUGAACAGCAUCACACACCUGCCUUUAACCACAGUGACAUUAUAUGCCUCCUGCAUUCUCCUGGGAGUGUUCUUGAAUAGCAGUAUACCUAUAUUUUUUGAGCUUUUUGUGGAGACUGUCUACCCAGUUCCAGAAGGAAUUACUUGUGGAGUUGUCACUUUUUUAAGUAAUAUGUUCAUGGGAGUACUUUUAUUUUUUCUCACAUUUUAUCACACAGAGUUGUCUUGGUUCAACUGGUGCCUUCCCGGGUCGUGUUUGCUCAGUCUCCUCCUCAUUCUGUGCUUCAGGGAAUCCUAUGACAGACUCUAUCUUGAUGUGGUUGUCUCAGUUUAAUAGCACAGACUUGAAGGAGUUUGAAAAGGAACUGCAAAUCAUAUGGCAUACUGCACAUUUGCUUGGAGUUGCACACCUAACAGGAAAAAAAAAGGAGAAGAGAGAAGCUUCACUCAGAGGUUUUGUCAGGUUACAGAUGAUCAUAUUCAUUUCAUGACUACUAGGUAACAAUAAUGUGGGACUUGAGUGAUAAUAGGGGGCUUAAAGACUCUAAAUGGCAUACCCGUGCCUGGUUCUGGGGUUAGAAGUGUGGAUAUCUUACACAUAAAGCACUACCUAAAUAAUGCCCUCUAUGUUCUGUGCCAGUGCUAAACUACUGAUUGAUUAAUUGUAAUUAUGGGAAGAAAUAAAGGGUAUCUAUCACAUACCUUACCGAAGUCACAUAUCAGAAUAGGAAGAAAUGCCACUAACUUCUAAAGAAGUUUAAACCCUAUGUCAGAUUUUAAUUAUAAAAUAGCCAACAGGUAUAUCAAUGAUAAAAUUUAGCCACGUGUACACUACGUUUUUUCUAAUAAAGCCAUUUCUUAUAUGACUCCUUAUUUUUAAUUAGGUCAGAAACCUUUGGCCAUCUUUAUUAUGGUGAGCAAGUGCUUCCCAGUGACUUCAGAGCACAUAUUUGUGUCUCGAUCUCAACUUAUCCUUGUUUCUGUGAAAUACAGUUUCAUCUACUAGGCUCUUAAAUAAUUAUAUUAAAGGUGACUAAAUGUUUAAUAUAGUCGCAUUAAGUAUUGUAUGAAAAUGUAAUUCCGUUCUGAUUUAGCACUUUGUUAAAAGUGAAAUGACAAAUCACAUAGAACAUUCUGUGUCUUCAGCCUAUAUAUAUGCAUAUGUACAUGGUGGCGUGGGAUGUAAAGUCCAGCACCAGCUAUUAUUUCCUAGGGUUGCAUUUUACUAAAUGGUCCUUGUUUGAAAAUAACAAUUUAUAACCUUGAAAUCUUCAAAUCUGUUGAGUUAUAUCUGAAUUACAUUCUUGUGUUUCAAUUCAGGUUGUUUCAAUUCAGUUCUAUAUGGAGUCAGUACAUUUGAGAGGACGAUAUUUUGCCAGUACCUGUUUUCUUUGUAUGGAGGAUAGCUUUUAAAAAAAUGACAGUUACUCAUUGGACAGCUCUCAGACAUAUAUUUCACUGUGACAUAAAAUAUGCUCCGGUGGGAUUAUGCUGUUACCACUGUUCACAUUUACAUAAUUCCCCUUACCCAAGGAAACCAAACGUUUUCUCAAAAAGACAAAAACAGUACUUUCUUUGCCUUCAUUAUUCUCAGCUUCCUUCCACCCCCUCUUUUUCUCUUCAGUUGAAAUUUACGUCUUCCUUGUCAGCCAAAUUUGUAUUUUAUUUGUCUUUUUCUGGACAGAGCACAAGCCAGCUCCUUCCAUUAGCCAUGGGGACAAAAUGCAGUUAGAGCUAGUCAGCCCUCAGUUCUGCUCCUCUCUACACAUGUGCACACACCGUCACACACAGUCCCAAAUGCCCCUCCUCUCCCCUCUUGGUAAUUUGAAGGCUGUGUGUUAACUCACCUCAAUCUCAGAGGAGGACCUAAGCUUUCUUCUAAGAUCCUAAAUUGUGCUCCUUGCAAAGUAAGAAAACCCUCCCCUUCAGCAUCUGUCUUCAGUCACCUUUAAAUCAACCCCUUUAUAACCAUCCUGCUAACUUAGCAUCGAGAAUGGAAGGAACUAAGGAACUUGCUAAAGAGAAGAAAACCUGUGAAGGCUGGGCUUACUUCCAAUUAACCCUGUCAUUCUUAAAUAAAAAGAAAGCAGAUUUCUUGAAGAUGAUUGAAAGCCAGCCACUAGAGAUAGGAGUGGUCCGUGAGCCAGUGCUAAAAUAACCACCACCCCUUCCUGUAUAGACAGAAGACAGAAAGGAGAGGGAAGAACUAUGAAGUAUUUGGUUGUAGUCAGAACCACUGACUACAACCGCUGUUUGAGGACUGCUCUAUGAAAUUUUGCUAUAAUUAAGACGUGAUACAAAAUAUUUUAAUUAUAGCUAACUGUACUUCUAAUACAAAGUAAAGAAAAAUAUUAAAAAUAUUACCUAAAUGACUAUUUAGUUGAAAGACAUCCCAAGUGAGUAGUGAUCAAAAAUUCCUACGUUGUACCAGACACCAGCCAUUGUCUUAGCAUACGUGAGGUGAAAUGGUCCUUCCAGCUCAUUCAUAUCUGGCAGAUGCUUGUUCUGAUCACAAACUGCCAUGUUUUAAGUGAUCAAAAUUUCAUAUACCAAACCUGAUAUAACCAAAGGGCUUUGGAGGGUGGGGGAAGAAGAUUACACAGUAUUUCCUGAAUGUUUCAAGUCAUAUUUUUUUUUCACUUUGUGUGAUUAUUUCUAGCAUGCAUAAAAAUAGACCAGCUGUUGUCUCUGUACUUUCUAAACAAAUACUGCAGAUUUGUAAUGAUAUUUUAUAAUGAAAGAAGUCUUAACACUCCACUAAGCCAAGCCCUCAUUUUAGAAUUUAUAGAAACCAUCCCAGAAAGGUUAAGGGUCUUGCCGAAGGUCACAAUUCUAGAUAGUGACAAAAGUAGAAUCAACUAAAACCCACACUGUCUGACUCCCAAAGCAAUGUUUUUCCCUACCUCACAAAACAUCAGCUUAAUUUGGACUUUUUGGGGGUGUUCAUGAGCACCCCUCCAUGUUCAUACACAGUGGGGCUUAAGAGCAAAUCAUCAUUAUGGAGUGUGGAAAGUACAGGGGUCCAAUUGAGGUGACUGUUUUUUAAGUAAGAUCAUUCUGUUUUCUUCACCCUGUUGGUGCUCUAAGUCUUAGCUUGCAGGAACAUAAUAUAAAAAGAUUCUGAUGAAUAAUUCAAUCCUCAUAAACCAAGUCAACAGCAUUAAUUGGUAAGGACAUGUUAUAGUGUAAGUUCCCUGUGGCUUAUCAAUGAAUACUUCACAGUUUAUGGGAAGAAACAUUUUUUAAUAUGGUCCAUGGUGGAGGCAUAGGAGCAAGAUAAUUACACACACAAAUGCAUUUCACUGGAGGAUGGAGCUAAUAAAAUAACAAGAGGGAAUCGAGUACAAGUAUAAUUUUGUAUAUUUAAGCAUAUAUGGCUUAAGGGCCAAGCUUUAUCAUAGAUCAUAUAUUUAUGCUUAAUUAUUGAGAAUGUUUACAGCUUGUUUUUAUGAAGCCCUUCUAAUGAGGGAUUCAAGCUAAGAGAUUUUAAAUCGAAGAGAUUAAAUUCCCAUCUACUUUAAAUUAGGUUUUUUUACUAUUAUUUUUACUAAAAUCUAGGCAUUCGUCUUGCUGCUUGCAUAAGUAGAAGCUCAUUUCAAACUCAAGAUCAAAUACAAAUGCACAGUAAAUUUACUUUAAAUUAAUGUUAAAAAUCACAUUAAUUCCACACUUGUGCCUGAGAUAAUAAGUACAGGAAUUACUAUGAUUAUACCAUCUUAUGUAAUAAGUGCAAAAGCUGUGAUAAGAAGAAAGUGCCAUAUUAAAAAAGAAACAUACAAAAAACUAUGAGGGUAUUUGACUAGGCGUGUUUUGUAGUUAGCGGAACAAUAGAAAUCCACUUUAAUUUGGAUUUAUACAGAAAGGGACAAAUUAAAGUUUAUUUCCAUACUAUGAAACAGUUCGUCAGUCUGUUAGGAAAAUAUAAGCAAUGCUCCAGAGGCAGGUGGUGUUGGACCACCCUAGAAGAACAAAAGCUGACCGGGAGAUUUUGGGGUGUUCUUUUAACAGCAUCCAUUGGGUACUUUGUGCUCAAUGGAGGUAGUUGUGUGCUCAGUAAGCAGACACCUUCGCUACCCUAAGCAGGCAUGUCCUUUCAGGUGUCUGAGACUCUCCUAGGUGUCUGCUUCCUCAAACUGACUUCCUGGCACAGGCUUCCCCCUGAACUCCACCCUAAGCUCUGAGGCAAAAGCGUGGUCUCAUUCUUGAAUACUUCUAAGGCCACGCAGCUGGGCUUCCCUUUCCUGAGCAGGACGCUAGCAUGACUAAAUCCAGAAAGAUUUAACAGUUCUCCCACAGCAAGUCUGAUAAGUUAGAAUAUUCCCUGAAAUGGGAAUGACAAAGGUCUCUAACAAGCUUUUCUGGUCAUUAUUUGCUGCAUUUUAGAAUAUGGGCUGAUUAAACUGCCUUCUGUAGUCUUUCUGUUGUGCCUUGGAACCUGGAAGACCUCUAUUAUAAUAGCUUUCCAUCUCAACCCACACUCAGAAAGUGAGAGCAAAAGGUUACCCCACCCUAGCUGUUCUUUCAUUCAACAAGGGAGAAUUACCUUAAAAAAAAACAAAACUAAAACUAAACAAACAAACAAAAAAAGCAAAUACAAAAGGAAAGCGUGGAAUUCAUUUUAGCUUGAUAAAAUGAGAGAAACACAACAAACCAUUUUAGCUCUAACCCCACAUCACAGUGCUCUCAGGGUUCCCUCCUGGCUCUUCUAGUCUGCAAGGGAGGCUUCAACAGUCAUGACCAGAAUGUCAAGAAUGACUUGGAGACACUUUUAAUUUACCUAAAUGGUAAAAAGUGAAAUGUCUGCUUAGUACAACUUAAUUUAGACUUUUUCUAAUUCAGAUUGAUUUUCUUCUCAUUAACCCAAGAUGAAUCAUGGAAUCAAGGAGAUGAUCUAAUCCAACUGCCUCAUUUUACAGAUUAACAGAGAACCUUUCAGGUUCAAUGCCACAGGCAAGUUUUAGCAGGUAAACUGAGUCCUAGACCAGCAUUCUUUCCAUAAGGGAUCAAUGUGGUAACCAGAAACAAAUUUUUUAAGUAAAAUUUCUUCCAUUUCUUUUAAUUUUUUGAAAAUUAAACACGAAGUGCAUGAAUGCUUAUCCAUUAUAAAAUACCCAGUACAGAAAUACAGAGCGAAGUCUACCUCCGUACAAACGUGCUGAUUCCAUUCCCCUUUUCCAAAGUAUUCCUUAUGAAUCCUUUCAGAAAUUUUUCUAUGCAUUUGCAUACAUAUGUAUAGAUACUUAGAGGGAACUUAAAAUCAAGUCGUUUAGGGAACUGUUUCUUAGACCAUGUUGGCUUUAACUUUCUUGGGCAGAAGCAGGAGUUUCUGAGAUCCUUAUUUCUCUCCCAGAUGAGUCUCUAUCAAAUGUAGGAGUGGUUAGUAGAGACAUUUCACAGACCGGUUUGUGUACCAUCAAGCUCUAUCACAUCCUGAAGCGUAAAGAUGAAUUCCAACAUGCAAUACUCUGUUUUUUCUUAUUGGAAAUAGAGUUUCUGUUUUUAUGUCACCAACUAAGGCCCAUGUACUGUGAGAGAAGAGAGUGAAUGACCCACACCAAAACCCAAAUAGAUUUUCUUGACAGAGCUUCCUCGUCUCAGCAGAGGCACAAAUACUGUAGAAGGUGGAGUCAAGAGAAUAAACUAUGUGAUUCCAUUUUUUUAAACAAUGGCUAGUGAAGAUUCUGUUAAUCCUUACUAUUUUCCUGGCCACCUUCCUUAGCUAUCCUAUCUUUCAAGCUAGCUACCCAUAAAACUGAUUAAUUGUAGUAAGACAAGAGCAUAGGUUGGCUUGGUCACCUCCUCUUCUUUUCCUGCCCGUCUUCCCAUCCAGCUUUCCCCUUUCUGGUUGUAUCUUCUUACGUAUUCCUGACUCUGCUUGAAAGCAAGCUGUGUGAAACCCAGAUAUUCUGAGUUGCCAGCUUUAGAGAGGAGAGCUGGCCAGUUUCUUCAUGUACUAGACUGGAGAGACCCAGGAGCCCCCGUAUCCCAGGCCUGGCGUCUUCAGCUAUUUGACCUGGAGCAAGUCACUUCAUUUCUUAUUUACCACAUCUCUGAAGUGAAGGAGUGAACAAGGAUGUUCCCUAAGGUCUCUUCCAGUUCAAAAAACUCAGGUCCAUUCUUACUUAAGUAGUAGGAAAUGAUUAAGCACUUGCAGUCUCUAAAACUGCAGAGCUUUCCAGCACCUUCAUGUUUUCCUGUGUGCAGUGGCCCUCCUACUGUGAACACAUGGACGAUUCCACUGCACAUUUGACAAGAAGAAAUGGCUUUUUCAUUGUCUGUGGUAGGAGACAAGCUACAGGUACUGUUUAUUUCCCCAAAGGACUUCGUAUAUGAAAUGCAGGGUGUAUUAAAUUUAUCAAACCCAAUAAGAGAAAAUCUGCCAUUUGAUGUUGAGAUAGCAUUCUGGGAGCCAGGUCAGAGUACUGCAUUUGUUCCCUGGAGUCAGGCCAAACCAGGAAACCCAUCCCUUGGCUUGCUGUGAUUCAUCGUGAGUCAGUAAUGGGUUUACACCUGUAGAAAUCAAACUGUCAGAUCAGAUGCGAAAGCCCAUCCUCAAACUUGUAUUUUGAGAGUCAUGGCCCCAAAAGAAUUGCAAGUUGCUUUCCAUGUCAUCUCAACGUGGCCACAUUCUGUCAGUAGAGCGCUGUGCGGAUAUUUUACUGAAUGAGAGCAGGGGCGUAGCAUGCCAACGUCUGACCUGUGUGCAGGUGUUAGUAAAUAAGGCUUCACUGAGAUUCUAAUGUGAGCACCGCUGUCAGAGAGAGAAAUGAACCAAAAAAAGAGAUGAGGCUGGGAGUCUGGAGGCCUGGGUCUCAGCCUCUGUCUCCAGGGCAGCUGCUGGGCACCCUUGGGGCCUUGGGCAAAUCACCUGUUCUCUGUGAACUUCAGCUUCCACACCUCUACAUUAAGAGGGUCAGAGUAGAUGUUUCUUUUGGCCGAAAAGUUUUAUACACCUGUUGGUCACACACCACAGAAAGUAGAAAACAACAUGAGUGCAAUACCUAUCCAUCAGUACUUCCAAUUAUACAUUAUCGUUUCAAAUAAAUGAGGAACUAUUAUAAGGCAGUGAUGUGUUAUAUGUGUCAGGAAAUGAGAGAAGCUCUCGGGCUGUCAACAUACCUGUGUAUUCCUUCAUUCAUCCUUUUAUUCAUUCUGUGUACAGAGUAAUUGCAUGUGUGAAAUGUGUGCCUGUGAAAGAGAAUCAGAAAAAAACAAAAGAUAUUUCUAUCCUUCAGGACCUUUUAGAUAUGUUUUUAAAAACAAAAACAAAUGCUCUUCUGAGCUAACAAUUAAAAGAAAUAAUGACAGUUUCCCAAAUCCUGAAUUAUGUCCAGCAGGAACCUAAAUAUCUUUCUCAUAUCAUCGUUAACCACAACUGAUUUCAAGGAAAAGAUAUUUUGUUCUAUUGAAAUUUUCAUCAUAGACAGAGCCUAUAUCCGUGUGGGAGCAUAGAAUCAAUUCUGGCAUGAGGACUCCCAAACCAUUACUCCCAUCAUUACAGGACUGGGGGGUUACUAGUCCUUCAGGAAGUUGGGAAGGUUGUUGGCACCUGCACCUUCCUCCGAAGACAAAUCGAACAACUGCGUGCACACUAAGAUACACCUGUUCACAAGGCCUUGCGAGUCUCCUUUGAAUUUUAACAACAAAGACUAAACACCAAAGAAGGAUUUGUAAUGAGAGAGCUUGGGAUUUCAGCCUGUCAGCUAGAUAAAGGGCUAUUCUGGGGACUAGAGACUUUGUGGGAGCCCUUCAGGUCUCUCCACCUGCGAGUGAACCCAAGCACACUUGAUGCAUCGCUAGCAAAGUCCUGGUCCCCAAAGACUUCGCAGAAAUCCAAAGAUGCUAAAAAGGUCAGGGUUUAGUUCUGUAGAUGAUUUUAUUUAUUGCAAAUGUCCCCAGUGUCAAAUGUAUCUCUUUCUCCACCAGGAAUAUAUCAUUUUGGAGGCUUGUGAAAAUUAAACUUCAGGAAAAUUCUGCUUCCCUCCCACUAAACUGCAUCCACGUGUCCCAAACAAAAUUGCUUUCUUGACCUACACACACAGCUACCUAUUUCUGUUUAGGUCUGUGACUCAGAGAAAGUGACCAGAAGAAGUCAUGAGAGGUGAUGGCUCCCAUUUCACCUGCCAUAGGCAGGACAGGGUCAGCCCAGUGGAAUUCAGCUAAAAUCGAAGGGGUGUGUUGGGGUGGUCUCUUUCUUCUUAGUUCUUUCCUGAACUCACUCAUUCACAUUGUAUUGCUCUUCCCAGUGAGUAAGUUAUUGCUGAGAAAUCGUUUUAGUAAGUGACGUAGAUGUCUCCGAUGGGGUGGUCCCUCUCCUCCAUAAUCCUCCUGCCCUUUCAGCCCAUGCCCUAGAAUCCUUGCUCCAUGUCCCAAGGAAAUGCAUUACUCUUUUUCUUUUCAGGGAAAAAACAUCGAUUGAUGUCUUAGCCCUGCCACCUCACCCUCUUUUAUCUAAGAAUAGAGAAGCCUUUCCAUAUUUGUUGUCUUUUUCACUGAAGCUUAGUAUAGACCCCCAGGCAGGACAACUCCAUGCUACCUUCUGUCGCCUGUAAUUGUCCUUCCCCCGAACUGGGGGAAAGGUUAUUCUAAUGAACCAGCUGCUGAGUCUUUUCCUAUUUGGUCUUUUAUCAAUAUUGCUCUACCAGUAAAUUCUUUGUUAGGUAGGUCCUGGAAUUUAUUUCAUGGUUUUUUUUUUUUUAACUUUAAUUUUUUUCCUACAAAAUUGCUUCUUUUAUCUUAGAGCCGACUAUGAUCUUUCUCUUCUGCAUACUUUAUAAUACAAUUUGAACAUAAUGGAACAUUCUAAAAUAGUCAGGCAGGGAUUUCAUCAUAGCCAAUAUUAAAUGCCAGGAGAGGCAGGUCAUAUUAAAAGAGAAAAAAGAAAAAAGAUCUAGGAUGGAGGAGGCUGGGUCUCAUCAUUCAACCGGUAUAUUUUGGGCUCCUGCUGCAUGCUGAGCCCUGGGCUAGGCACUGAGGAUGCAGAAACAAGUAAGAUAUUGUGCUGGGCCUCACAUUCAUUUUCUGAUGAGUCCAUUCCUAAAAACUGUGUAAUUCAAAGCUAGCAAGCAACCCCCCCCCUCCCCCCCCCGCAAAAGGCUGCUGGAAGGUUUGUAGCUUUUUUUUUUUUUUUUUUUUUUACUUUAUUUAUUUUGAGGCUGUGAGAGCACGAGCAGAGGAAGGACAGAGAGAGAGGGAGAGAGAAAGAAUCCCAAGCAGGCUCCAUGUGGAGUGCAGAGCCCGAUGCAGGGCUUGAAUUCAUGAUCAGUGAGAUCAUAACCUGAGCCGAACACAAGACUGAGCCACACAGGCGCCCCCUGUGGCUUAUUUCUACAAUUAUCUGUGGGAUCUUUCUAUUUGGAAGACAUGUUCUAAAUCCUGUUUUCUUGGGCCAUUAAAAAUCCAGGCAUAUCCAUAAUCAAUGUAUGGCUAUGUAACCUUCUUAGUAUAAAAUACUCUGGGACAGCUUUUGAAGGGAAAGGCAGAGAAAUCUGUUUUGAUGACUUGAAAAGGGGGUAAAGGUUUUAGGGAACGCUUCCAAAGAUUUCUGAUCUGUUAGUGCUCAUUCAGACAUGGGAUUGGGCAAAGGGAUGAGCCUUCUAGCAAGGAGGAGACAAGGCCAUGUAAGGAGGCCCAGGAGACCUCUGUGGAAGAGUUAGUGAGACAUAAGCCAGGCCUAUAGGAAUUUGUUAACAUAUCUGCUGAGCAAAAGUGGAGAAGGAGGUUUAGAGGCAGAGCUGUAGUAGAAGUAGAUUCUGGAAAAUAGUCCUGAAUCUGGCUGCUUCUCACUGAGUCAUCUGGCCCAGCCUCCUGCCUCCAAGUACAUCCUGCCUGCGGCAUGUCUGGCCAACUGCUUUCUCAGCUCAAGAGGGAUUGGGGAUCCUACAACCUCCCUGUCAUCUGUUCCGGAGCCACUCCCCAUUUGCACUGAGAAGUUCUUGCUUUCAAAGGAUGGAGGCCAGAGAGGGGUGGUCAAGAAAUAGAGUGGCAGAGGGGAGACAGAACACAUCAAGGCAGAGGACCCCAAGUGAGGAGGAAUUGCAGCAGUGGGCCAAGAGCCCCCACAUUUCCCACUUCACGCACGCAAGCCUGGGGGAGCGCUAGAAGGUGGAACCAGCCAUCUGGGAGCCCCGCCCUCACAGAUGCCCUGUCUGGCAUAGAGGGGUUUCCUGUUCUGCUCUGAGAAAGCAGUGGGAAUGUAGACAUGCACUGCCUCCCAAGAGGAACUGUGUUUUACUCCAAAAUCUGUAACUUUAACAGUCUCCCCUCCCUUCCAAACUCCAAGGAAUAUUCUGUAAUUGAAGGCAUGCUUUCAAUACCCUAUUGUGUUUCAUGCGCUCUGCCAGAGUAGUUACUUCUCAUGCCAAUUCUUAGAUGCACAGAAAUCUUGAGUAGUCCAAGUGAACUCAGAUCCAAGUCAAGUUCCCAUCUCUUACUCCAUUCAGACUUUUCCAUCCACCCCCGCCCUCUCAGUCACACUCCUGGAAGCAAGUGAGAAAGCCUGUCCAACCAGAAUCACUAUCCCAAAGCCCAAGCACUUUGUUGUUCUGUUCUUAAGCCACUGGGUAUCUGGUCUAAUUUUACACUGUUCAUAGUUCUGUGGCGUACAUGGUUCUGCACUGCCAGACAGGGCAGGAAGGCCAGCAGAGGCCGCAGGUGGUAGGUAGGAUGACUGCAGAAGCAGAACAGGCAGGGCCUCACAUAAGAGGCUGCAACAGUCCCAUGGCCACCACCAUCCACACCAGGGGCCUAGCAUGCCAGUCAGGCUCCUCCACUCCCAUUCCCCGGACUUCCUGUAGGUGACCCUGCCAUCAGCCUUGAGCCUGCCUCUGGGCCUCCAGUCUCAUUCCUGUUCAUGCCUCCGGCCCUCUCCUGUUCAUCCCAGGCUGCAGUGAAGCCCCUGAUUCCUUUCAUUCAGUCUAUGGAGAAACAAAGUACUUUCCUGCCGGGAUGGUUUUUGGCUGACACUGCUGCAGUUAAACACAAGAAGUUCUGGUUGCCAGAGUGAAAUAGUGUCCAGCAGGCUGCAGCAGACUCUCUGCUUCUGGGGCUCUAAGAGGAUGGGACAGGGCUGUGCCAGAGGACUGAGGAUGGACCAGAUGAUCUCUUGAGGUUCCUCCCAGCUCCAAGACCUGAUUCUUAGCAUGACAACACUAAGAUCUAGGCAACACGAAGAUACAGACUCUUUGACAGCAGGUGCCCCGCCUCCCGUGAUACCCCAUGUGUCCGGGCAAACUGUCUUUUCCCAGCACAAGACAUGGUAUAAAUAGGAACAGGUGCAGGGGGGCAGGGGGAGCUUAAAAUCUGCCCACGCUGAGACUCGAUGCUGGGAAUGUCGUGUGCAUAUCUACUGGCCCGGCUCUGUGACACUGUGGGUCCGUGCAACUGUCAAAACAUGAGUGCGUGUGAUAAAUUCCCCUCUGACGCUCGUCACAAUUUAGGAAGUGUUCAGUGCGUUUUUAAACAAUUCUUACCAUGUAAAGAUUGUAUUACAUUUUAAUAAAAAAAUUUUUUUGCAUUUUACUUUUUUAAUAUUUGGGGUUUUAUAGACUUUUAUUUUAUGGCCAAGUAUACUUUUGUAAGCAAAUGUUGAAGUCUUGAGUAUUUUUAUUCUUUUAAAACUAUAGUUAAUGUCAACUGUAAACACUGACAAAUUGUAUUCAUAUGCAAUUUUCCCUCCUUUUCAUCGGGUCUUUUUAAGAAACUAUGUUUUGGCAAAGCAUUUUAUUUAAAACUCUACUUCAUUUUACACAUUGUGAAUACUGAAGAUUCUGAAAAAUAAAGAUGCAUUUAAAAUCUC